AUGAUUUAAUAAUUUUUAGAUUGUAAAUAAUUAUAAAAAUUAUUGGCUCAUCCAGAAUAUUUAUCAGCAGUAUAAUAAAUGUAGAAUAGUCCAACAGCUAUUAUGUAAAAAUAUAAAAAUAACCCUGAAUUUGUACAUUUGAUGUUAGAAUAUAUGAAAACUAUGGGUGAACAUAUUUUAUAUAUAAAACCUUUAAAAUCAGAAUAAUAAUAAUAAUAACCUAAAAUUUUUCCUAUAAGUUAGACAUCUCAAAUUAACUAUAUAUAAACUUAAGAAGAGAAGGCUCAAUAUAUCAUAGAAAAUGAUAAAGAAGUAAUAGCUAUUUUGCAAGAUACAAGAGUGCAAGCAUUUAUUGAAUUUUUACAAAGAACAGGGAAAGUAGAUUUCAAAGAAAUUGCUUAUAAAGAUCUACAAUUAAUGUAGAAAUUAUAAGUACUUAUCCAAAAAGGUGUUUUGAAUGUAUAAAUAUUUAUCUUGGAGAUAUACAACGAAUGUGAUAUAGAGAUGUUUAAAAUAUAAAACAAUAAUAAUAGAGACAUAGUAAAAUUAUGUUUUGUAUAUAUUUUAAUAUUAAUGUUUAAUUAUUUUAUCAAAAAAGAGUUUUUUCUUUAUUUAUGGUUUCCAAGUCUCUUAGGUUUAGUAAGAUCAAGUUUAUCUGCUUUUUUCUCCUGUUUAAAACUCGUUUCAAAGCUUUUGAUUUCUUUCUUAGAAUCUUUUAGAAUAUAUAUGAAUAGUAUUGAGACUUUCAUCAAAUGA